AUGUCCCGAGACGAUAGACUCUGCAAAAACGAAGAAAACCUCAACAGUCUGGGAGACGAUUACGGAUAUCGGUCAGGCUCCUGUCUCGUCUGCGAUAAUGAAUACAGAGCGAGGUCUAAUUACGAAAUUGCAUUAGCUACUGCUCAAAAUCAAUACAAUUUGAUGAUUAAUGCUGCAUGGAGCAAGAAACUUGAGGAAGAGCAAGAAGCCAGUUACACUAUAGACACGAUUCCAUUCAUCGAUCGACAGAAGCGACUUCGCUACCAUCACUAUCGCUCUCGUCGCGGCUACUCGAAAACCUUACACGGAUGA